UCCCUAUUGGUAAAUGAUGACAUCAGGUCACGAGACACACGGAGACAUUUUCACCGCCUCGUUCAUUCUUGCCGCGACCUGCCACCUUCUGAGCAUUUUAGACCGGCCUCUGGGUCGGUCAUGGACAUUUUGAUGAUGUUGUGCAUUGCAUGUCUGGCUACUUCCAAUCAAGCCAACCAGUGCAGGGAGAAACAGCACUGUUCAGAGUGUGACAACACAACCGGACGUUGUCUGACAGACUGUGACACUGGGUACUUUGGUAAGAAAUGCAGGUCAGUGUGCAGCAAGACCUGCAGAAACCACUCAUGUCGGAUAUCAGAUACUGGCAUCGGUGAUUGCACUGAAGGGUGUGUCCCAGGAUAUCAAGGCAUUGGGUGCAACAUGCCAUGUGACAGUCCAGGAGGUAGCUGUACAGCAUGUCCAGGUGGUUGUGAUGGAGGAUAUUGUCAGCUGGGCGCGUCCUGUGUGUCUGGAUGUGUAGACUCCUACUACGGGACUGGCUGUAAGUCGUGUUCCAGUCGAUGUAAGUCCUGCAACAGGAUCACUGGAGUGUGUCGAGUGCCAGCUCAAUUAUUUUGGACACGACUGUGA